AUGACUGAAAUUGGUGACAUCAUUCAUUACCAAAAGGCCAAUGCUUCGAUCCCCACCUCUCCCUUUAAUCACCUGCCACAAGCUGCCCAUUAUCUUCUUACUAGGAAUAUCGCCAUUAAUCUGAAGAAGCUCGAGAUUAUAUUUGAAACAUGUUUGAAAGAUGCUGUGGAGUAUCUGGCCGCUCCAAUUGGUGUUACCAAUAGUAACCUCUUCUUUCGAGAAGAUUCACCUGGUUCAGAAUGCUCGUAUGAAUCAAAUACCAGUGAUGAAUUAGAGCUUAAAGAGCAAGAACGUCGCAUAACGAAGUGCAUUGAUCGACAAAUUAAAAAUUUGGAUAAUAAUGAUGAAGGCUCUUUGACCGCCAAUGAUUGGGAGAGCUUCAUUGAGGAAUAA